GACGACCUUUAUAGAGGAGGAGGAGGCGGCGGCGGUGGUGGUGGAGGUGGAAGAGAGGCGCCGGGAACUUCGCGCCUCCGGGACAGAUGCACGCGGCCAGGAUGAUGAUGACCACGGUGCACUUGACGGCCCUCGUCAAGGCAGGCUUCAUCGCCUUCGGGGGAGUCCUUUUCACUGCGCUGUGGUUCAUGCAUCUCAUCUCGAUAGGAUACCUCUGGUUCUGGUUGAGGCGCCGCACCGCCGAGGCUCCGCCCACACACGGGAAGCCGCCGCUCGGCGUCUCGCUGCUCAAGCCGCUGUGCGACGUCGACCCCAACCUGGAGGACAACCUUGAGACGUUCUUUGAGGUCGACUACCCGGAGUACGAGAUUUUGCUCUGCGUUCAAGACUCGGACGACCCAGCCAUUGAUGUCUGCAAAAAGCUCAUCAACAAAUACCCCCAUGUUGACGCACGGCUCUUCAUAGGAGGAAAGAAGGUCGGCAUCAACCCCAAGAUCAACAACCUGAUGCCAGCGUACGAGGCGGCCCGGUACGAGCUCGUGUGGAUCUGCGACAGCGGCAUCAGAGUGGUCGAGAAGUCGCUGCAGCGCAUGGCCGCUCUCAUGACGGAGCGCGUGGGGCUCGUGCACGGAUUGCCCUACGUGGCGGACCGUCGCGGAUUCUCCGCCACGCUCGAGCAGGUGUACUUCGGCACGGCACACGCACGCUCCUACGUGGCGGCCCACGCGGUCGGCGUGAAGUGCGUGACGGGGAUGUCGUGCCUGCUGCGCCGCGCCGUGCUCGAGCAGGCCGGGGGCCUCGCCGCUUUCUCGCCGUAUCUCGCCGAGGACUACUUCAUCGCCGACGCCGUCGCCAGGACGGGCUGGAAGUUUGCCAUGGCACACGACGUGGCUCUGCAGAACGCGGGCACUCACUCCAUCGCGCUCUUCCAGUCCCGCAUGAUCCGGUGGGCCCGCCUGCGCUUCCACAUGCUGCCGCAGACGGUGCUGCUGGAGCCCAUGUCCGAGUGCAUCUUGGCCGGCAUGAUCACAGGCGCUGCGGCUAACCUGGCGCUCGGCGCGCCCGUGCCGAUCUUCCUGGCGGCGCACGGCCUCGCCUGGAUGCUGCUCGACUACUUGCGACUGCGUCUCAUCCAGGGCGGGCCGCUGCCCUUCUCCAAGGUGGACUUCACCCUCGCCUGGUUCAUCCGCGAGUCCAUGACGGUCUUCAUCUUCGUGUCGGCGCUCUGCGCGUCCACCAUCGGCUGGCGCAACGUGCGCUACCGCAUCCGCUGCGGGGGCAAGGCCGAGGAGCUGCCGCCCAUGUGACGGCCGGUGGGGUG